AUGGCCUCGAACGGGCUUUUCGAGUCCUCUGCACAUCAACUAUUUCGUCGCUGCGUCCAGUGUCCCCCAGACCCUCCCAGCUGCCCGGCAUGCGGCGCGGAUGAGACUUGCUCUCUGACCGCUCAGUCAUGCGAUUCCUGCGCGUCCACAACCUGCGUCAAAAUUGGGUCUCUGCCCGGUCAAUCAGCGCCGAAAAAGUCCACACCGGUCGGCCCUAUCGUUGGGGGGGUCGUUGGAGGUAUCGUCCUUCUGGCUGCCAUCCUUUAUUUGGUAUAUCGGUUUCGAAUUCGCAAGAAACGACGCGCCCCGGCUUGGGAUCCUCCGGAAAAGAGAGACCAAUCCACCCUCCACCGCGGUGACCGUCAAUCCACCAGGUCUGCUCACUCGAUAGCCUCCACGGUCCUCACGCGAGCUUCAAAUGUCAUCCAAAUAGCCUACAUUCCAGGGGUUACCGUCCGAUCACCACCAGACUCACCGGGAUUGAUGGUUCCACCGGUCCCUUCACUUCCUGGAGGUAUUGCUUCAAACUCUGCGACCGGGUCUCCCCAGCUUGAGCAGCACUUCUUCAUGCCGAAGGAUUUGAGAGAUUCAACCUGGUCGGACGCUUCUUCUCUCGACCCCCGAAUCAGUCUUGCACCGAGCUUGGCUCGCGAAAGCGUGGCAACAACGAUCUACCGUAGUGAUGCUAUUGUCCCGCCCAUACCAGCUCAGCAGGCCUUCCGAGCGCAGGCCAACGUUGUCAGUGUGAAGUCCGGCUCGAACACUCCAGGAUCCUCCUCGACACCGAGCGCAAGAACACCACAGAUUCCGCAAGUCCCACAAAUCCCUAAAUUGGGAAGCAGCAACAGCUCUAUUGUGGCGAGAAACGUCACUGCUCGGCCUAUCGAGGUCAAGAAAGUCAAUUCAGGGACCAGAGUUCCUACGCUGGCUAAUUUGGCCAAAGAAGCCGCUCGGAAGAGCAGCACUGCUGCGAGCUCCAAGGAGAGCAUCCCAUUCUUUGUCGACGAAAAGGAAGUGGUGGCUUCGUCCGCGACUACCACCCCAAUGACCGCCCUAGACGAGUCCCCGAUCUCGCCUCUGGUGAUUCCUAAGCAGCCGUUUGCGGGCAAUCACUCAGCAAGGUCGUCAUCGGUGAGCGCCAUUCUUUCCAUGGAAGGGCCUAAAGAAGGCACCUCGAGUGGGCCCACACACCGGCACACUGGCAGCGCCACGUUGAGUGCCGUGAUAGAGGACGCUAUCAACCGUGCGCGGAAUCCCGAACACAUGAACGUGAGCAGUCCGACCCUGCGGCCAGAGCUGGUCAAGCAUGACUCCGGACCGUUUUCGGAUGCCAAUGAAGUGAAGGAGAAUUUACCUUGA